AUGGCAAACUUCGAUCAUGAUCUCAUCAAAGAUGUAGAUGAUUCUAAAGAUACUUGGUGUAUUGUUGCGAGAGUGCUGAGAAAAUGGAUUAUGACUAAAAAGACACCGCCUUUUGAUAUUUUUAAAGUAGGGAUGAUUUUAGUUGAUGAACAGGGGUAUAGAGUUGAAGCUUUUAUGUCCCAGAAAGCACAAUUACAAAGAUACAUGGAUGAAAUAACAGAGGGUGAAGUAUAUCAGUUUGAGAACUUUGUAGCUGUGCCCAACAAUGAUGCUUUCAAACUUUGUCAUCACACUUGGAAGAUUCGUUUCCACUCCAUGACGUUUUUCCAAAAGCAUGACUUAGCAGUCCCUUUAAAUGCAUUUAACUUUGUUCCAAUAAAGGAUAUUGCUGACUAUAAUGCUACAAAUUAUGAAUUGAUUGAUGUCAUUGGGUUCCUUCAAGCAUUUGGAAACUUGGUUGACCACAAAAAAGACUCACAGACCAUAAAGACACUGACUUUCACCAUCGCUGAUCAUAACCAAAUCCCCAUUAACGUGGCUCUUUUCGGAGAUGUGGCAAUCAAUGCAUUUGAAGCUAGGACUGAUGAUUUGGAAGUUCCUACUGUAGUUGUCAUCCGAUUUGCAAGGAUAUCAACAACUAAAGGUUACGGACAUAUAACUAAUGCUUUCCAUGCUACAAGAGUUUUGUUCAAUCCAGACCUCCCUGAAGUCAGAGAAUUAAUUGCCGGACUCGGUGAGACACCUGGAGCAAGUCAGAACUUCUCACAAGUUUCAUCUACCGUAAUGCUUGAUGCUACCAGUGACUCACUCCUGACUUUCUGA